AUGGAUUCACGACGGCCACCGCUGGAUCCUCGAGACGAACUGCUUCAAGGCCACGGCAUCGAGCUCGCCGAACGUCCACAGUUCACUGAACAUGACACCCAGCCCGGCCUUGAGGUUGCCACCCACUCCACGCUUGAAGUGGCUCCAGGCACUGGGCCAGUUCCAAUCGGUUCGCCUGUCACAGGCUUUGAGGAUCUCAAGACAUGGGAGAAGGUAGGAAACCUAUCAUUGGGAUACGGCAAGGUGUUCGACAGUACCAACAGCCCGCCGCCACCGCCAAUACCAAACUAUGGUUUUGGGGGACCACCGCCGAUACCCGGGACGGAGAUGGUGACACCGGGGAUGCAUAGGCCGAGUAGGCCCGGAACAGCAUACAGCAGUACGACUUCAAGAGGAGGGCCGAAUGGGAGGGGCCAAGGCAGUGUUGAUUCGGGCAACCCGUUUGUCGCCGGGCCAUCGCUGCCACCUUUGCCAGGCGAGGGACUCGACGGAAGAAGGAAAAGAGAGAUGAUAUGCGGAGUCAAACGACAGUCAUUUUGGAUUAUCCUUGCGACUGGGAUAUUUCUCGCCGUGAUAGCGAUAGCAGCCGGUGUUGGUGUAGGAGUCUCGUUGGGAAACAAGAACUCCAAGGAAGCCGAGCUAAUCCCCGCCGACAUAUCGUGCCCUGUUCAGAACCUCACUCUCUAUUCUUCGCCUAUGACCCCGUCAAAUGAUCGGAAAUUUCUACUGUUUUGUGGGAGGGAUUACAAUGUUGUUAAUGGGGCGACGGAUAUGUAUGAUGUGAGAGUUGAUACCAUGGCGGAGUGUAUAGAUUCGUGUGCCAAACAGGAAGGGUGCGUCGGUUCCGGAUGGGGGGAGCAGGGGGGGAAACAUGUCUGCUAUCUGAAGAGUCGGUUGGGGGAGCCGAAUUUGGCGGGACAUUGGAUGUUUGCGGUGGAGGAUACGGAGUUUAAUGGGGGAGGGGACUUGCCUUUGCCUGGUGGGACAUGA